AAGCUGAAUGCGUCGAGGUUUGCACAGUAGCAUGCACAAUUUUAGACAUGUCUUUCUUUGAUAAAUUAAUGGAUCCUGAAAACAAAAUUGUUUUUAAUACAGGAAAAAUUCGACAGCGAUAUGAAACCGUUGUUGAUGAUUUUGUUAUUUGUGAUAACCUCAGAGGUAUGUUGCUUGAUACCGAGUGUCCGGAAUACAAUUUAUUUACUGAUGAAGAAAGACAGGAAUUCAUAUUCCGAAUUUUUGAAUUAUUAGUACUUGGUGGAGUUUUAUGUCAAUUUGAAAACGAAAUAAAGCCUUAUUUAGAUAUUACCAGAAGCAUCUAUAAAGAUUUAAUUAC